GCCGCGGAGGCACCACGCAAUGCCUUAGCGUAUUAUGUUCCUCCCGGACCUACCGCGAGCCUGUAUGGUUGACGACGUAGCUACCUACCUCCAGGCGCCCUCCUCGGGACAGGACGAGUUCCAUCCGUUCAUAGAGGCCCUGAUGCCCUUCGUAAAGUCCUUUUCGUACACAUGGUUCAAUCUGCAAGCGGCCAAGCGGAAAUAUUAUAAGAAACACGAGAAACGGAUGAGCCUUGAAGAGGAGCGGCAUACGAAGUAUGAGUUACAGAAUGAAAAGGCAGAAGUAAAACAAAAAUGGGCAUCACGGCUGCUAGGAAAACUGAGAAAGGACAUCACACAGGACUGCCGGGAGGACUUCGUUCUAAGCAUUACGGGGAAAAGGCCGGCUGUGUGUGUGCUGUCCAACCCAGAUCAGAAGGGCAAGAUGAGAAGGAUAGACUGCUUGAGGCAGGCUGAUAAGGUGUGGCGCCUAGACCUAGUAAUGGUAAUCCUAUUCAAAGCGAUACCCCUGGAGAGCACGGACGGUGAGCGCCUGGAGAAGCACCCAGAAUGCGCGCAGCCGGGUCUCUGCGUGAACCCGUACCACAUCAACGUGUCGGUCCGGGAGCUGGACCUGUACCUGGCCAACUUCAUCAACAGUUAUGGUAAUGGGGGCGACGGUCUGCCAGAUAUCCUAAGUGGGUCUCUCUCGCCCAACCCGCGAGAGAAAGAGAACGAACACGACGCGAAGAGCAAAGGCUAUAGCCACAAUCCGUACAACGGAGUAAUUUGCAACGAUAUUAUUCUAGCGACCGGCGUCUUCUCGUCCAAGGAACUAUGGAAGCUGUCCAAAGCGUCAAUCCUCCAAGAAACGGGUUCAGAGUCACCCAGCGGCUCGGGCGGUAUAAAACUGGAGUCUGGGUACUACUGCGGUUACAAUAGCCCGGCACCACCCGCCUUCGAACCACCAGCUGAAAGAGCUACGCCAUCUAUGCUUGUAGGACAGUGCUUCAGUAUCCCUCCCAGUUCAGCGGGUCUCAGCCAAGCUCCGCUGGUGUCGUCCAACACCAUAUUCUACCAGCACCCACCGCCGCCCACCGACACACAUCCAACUGCGUCAGACGCAUUGAGCAGCCACCACUCCAGCGCCAAAUAUGACGGGACGCCACAGGACUCACUCGGAGACUUCGUGACCUUCGUCUGCCAAGAGCCUACAGAUGUCCAGCAACUCCAGGUUCACGGGCUCUCCCGAAGUCCAAAGCCAGCGUACUUCAGCAGCUCAAUGCUGCCUCCAGCUCCGCUGCCACCCAUGGCGCGGCCAGUAGCCAUCAUACGGUCUACAGGUAAUUAUACAGCCCGUGAAGACUACAUGGCGCUAUCGUCCCUCCCAGCAAGCGAACUCAGUUCACCCCCGUCUCCAGAACGUUCCCCACCAACUUCUCCCCGCCGGCGCUCCCCACACUACCGCGCCGACUGCCCGCCGAUAUCCCACUACAACCACUUCUCACAGCCACAGCAGGUAUUCAGCUACGGCCCUCUAAGCAGUGUUGGUCUCGGCGGCGGCGCCGUUUGUACCGGCGGCGGCGCGGUCUCCCCUCCCGGCGGGCUGGGGCUGUACGCACCGCGGGCGCCACCUAGGGCAGCUGUCAGAUGGAACGCACCAUUCCCAACACUGGAGGAAGAAUUCAACAUUAUGACUGCGCCUGCAGGACCAGACCACGUCGUUUUAUUAGACGAUGAACGCUUCUUCCAAUCCAACGUGAUAACCUCCGAAGCGACAGCGAUGGAUACGGCGGCCGUGGCCGUCGACUCCGAAGACAUCGCGCCGGACAAAGCGCCGGACUUGCGCUCGCCGUGAUCCGCCGCGUCGGCGGCGCACGGCUCCGAGUCGGCGCCGCACGGCUCCGCGCACGGCUCCGUGUCGGCGCUGGAGAGUUCCGCGCACGGCUCCGCGCCGGCGUGCGAGCGCGCCGACAUGGACGCGCACACCGUGCUACGCUGGACGCCCGCGCCGCCGCCGCAUUGGCGACCUGUGCUGCAUAGAGCUAAUUGACAGACAUGAAAUAGUACACAGUUAUAAAACUACUACUUAUUCAUUUAUCAGAACAGUUAAUGAAGAAAUAAUCAGGCUAAUUUGGACGGUAACAUCAGAAUGGUAUUUGAAUCAUGUUGUUUAGCAACCGACCGUCUCUCCCGCGUCGAUACAUGCCAGCUGCCGUAGCCGAAUGGAAUUUCUGCGACGCGAAACAAAAACGAAACGCGGCGAAAGGUAAUCUGGCUUUGUCGCGCUAAAACGCACGAGCGAUAGAGAUAGAUAUUGCUAGCGUUUCGUUUUGUGAGCGUUUCGUGAGCGUUUGUAUCAUUCGGCUACCGACCCUGAUGUAAGAUAAGAGUAUGACGCUAAUAAAUGAUUAUUGAAUGAUAUACAUAAGAUAUCAUUCUGAUAUAAAUGUUCGUUCGAAUUAGUCUGUUACUAUAAUAGGUUUCAAGUUCUAAUAAAAUUGGUGAUUGAUUUUUGUCAUAACUAUCAUUAAAAAGUGCUUUUGGCAGACUCCGAUGCUUGGGCACCAUGGUAACAGAUAUUUACCACAUUUUGUACUUAAAUCAAAAUCCAAAUUUUAAUGGUAAUUAGGAUAAAGAUACAAAACAUGAUGACUUUUCAAUAGUUAAAGGGCAAUGACAAUUUUAGCACAAACACCAAACCAAAGUGAUUAAAAAGGAAAUGAAAUAAUCAACGAAUAAAAUAAUUCCAAAUAAUAACCACUAAAAUUUUACAACAAACGGUCGCGUUAUGAACAUCCAACAAAAAAUGUUUACAAAAUGGCCAUCGACCUCAAACUCAGCACAUUUUUCUACCAUCUAGGUACAGUCAACUGUGUAAAAAUAAAAUCGGUCGUGUUGUUCCGAUUUUCAUCAUAAUGUGCUGUUAAGUAUGUGAAACUAAAAGCAAUAAUAACUCAGGGCAAAGACGUUUAGUGUAAAUAUUUAUAUUAAUGGUUGUAGUUGAAAUUUAGAUUUUAAUUUACGGCGUCGCCUGUCUGUAUUAAAGCUAGUCCUACUAAUAAAAAUUAAAUUAAUUUGCCUUUAGGUUAAUCUACGUGUAAGUAGUGAAUAUCGGUACGCAAUGACUUUGUAAUGGCGUCUUUUGGGAAUUGAGAAUAGUGCCAUCUAACGGACGUUGCCCGCAACUGAUAGAGACAGGCGGCGCUCUAUUCAUUAUACUCAUUAAGGCAAACAAAAUACAAUACUCCAACGAUGUAAAAAUAGCUACGAAAGAACAUUAUAUAUUCUAAUAUUUUUAUAGAAUACGAAAACGAGUAUGAUAUGAUCAAGCCUUCCAGUAAUUUAGUGAAAUAAAAGUUAAAUGCAGCUUAUAAUUCGUUUGCUAAGCUGUGAAACAGUAAGGACAAGCUAUACUCUAAUUUGCUUAAAUAUUUAAAUAAAAAAUUAUAGAUAUUUUUAUUUAAAUACUUGGGCAAUAGUAUAAAUAUGAAAUCAAAUGCUUCCAAGUAAAAACACGUUUAUUAUUGACAAAAGUGUGAUAUUAUAAUUUGUUUUUUGUUUCGUUGUUGUGUGUUUUGUAUUGAAGGUUAGCGUAAGUGUGUAGUUUACGAAUUUGUUUUAAUUUAUUGAACGAAUAUUUAUGAAAGACGAGCCUUGCUUAAGAUUAGUUUAGUGAUUAGUAGCAAAGACUAGCGUCGGGUUGUUGUUUCGAUUCGAAAAAUAAGUUAUUGAAAUAAUAUUUAAGCAUUAGAAUAAAAUGUUAACAUUGUUUAACUGCAACAGUUAGAAAUGCCAAGCAGAUUAUUGACUUACCUAUCAUAUACAAAGAAAAAGCGACCAUGCAGGCAAGCAUGGUCGCGUGAAAAACGAUAGUCAGGCUGUCCCUACCGCACUUACAAAUAGUGCGAAAGGGAUGGCCCGACGUUAUACCUAUCGUUUAGAUUGCCUGAUCCACUAGUGAUCUAGACGUGUUUGCCGGUUUUAAUGUUUAAUAAAAUAUUUAUAUUUCUUAACCUAGGGAGUUGUGUAACUACUUUUUUACUAAAAAAAGUACCCUAAGUAGGAAACUGGCUACUGAUGAAAAAUUUAAUAGGUACGUUAUUUUUACUUAAUAUUUUAUAACUUAAAUAUACAUUAAAUAUACAUAAUAAUAUAUGUCAAUUCAUACAUUUCGAGGAAUCUCAAACUGUUGGAGUUGCUAAAAGUUAAAAGCAAUAAAACAUCGAAUAAUUUCGAAUCGAAAUGACAAUAAGCAAUAAUUGUAGUUGGACAUUCGUCUGGACAUUUUAUAGGUGCCUUUCACGAAUAAAAACGUAUAAUAAUAUAACUUAAUUACGGUAACUUGUACAUUGUAGUGAUCUUUUAAAAUCCAUCCGCUCAUACCUGUAAUGUGGACAAUUCAUACCUAUUUAUCUUAAGACGAUCAUAUUUGGAUAUUCAAUAAACUUUACUACAGAUACUGUAAAUAAUUAAUGCACUUGCCCAUUUUUGUUACUAUCUACAUAAUUAAUUAUGGAUACCAUAGAAAGCUGAUCGGUAAUAUAGAUUCAAUAAAAAAAAUCUUCAAAAUUUACUUGCGAUUGGCGCAUUUUUGAAAUAUCCAAAUAUGAUAAAAAAUAUUUACCUAUAGCCUUAAUCCUAUAAUUAUAGAACCUAGUUUUUUUCUCACCCUGUUCAUUGUAUAAGUACUUAAGAAACCUUUUUUUAAAACGUUAAGUGCCAUUCCUCAUGGCCAUCGUUGACUUUUGGGGUUUAAUUGCGACCCCUCGAGAAAAGCUAGUCAUUAGAAAUACAAUGUAAAUUUAAUGGUUAAAAUUAAAAUUAUAUUUACAUACGCCCCUUACGCUUAUUAGUAAGGGGUAGAAACUAAAUUGUGGCCAAAUUACACUUAACGAAAUCCAAAUAUAUAUACAUUUUAUUAGUAUUAGGGAUACGUAAGUAUGUUUAAGAUUGUUUGCAUGUUUUUUCUUAGCGAUGACUGUUCAAAUGGGUUCUGGGAUUUUGGUGGUCAUAAAAUUCACAAGCUUCUAUUGGUAUAAUAUAAUAAAACUUUAAAGUUUUUGGGGAUAUGUGUUCUGUCAAUAAUUGAGAUACCUAUGUAUUUUUCACAUAACCGUUUACUAGUCAUAAAAUAAUGCCAAAUGUGUUUUGAGUACACUCACUUUGCAUGGUAAUAACCAUAGCAAAGUGAGAACUUGGGAGUCUAAGCUAAAAAUAUUUCGUUUGAAAAAAAUCCUGACUUGAAUGGUCAUCAACAGCUUUCUGGUAGCUAGAACAUAUAGCAUUUUUACUAAAUACGCACUGGAGACCACUUUUAGGCCCAUAUUUAACCUUUCAUAUGUAUUUCUUGAUCGUGACUUCAAGUGCUUCAACCGUCACUUAUGCUAUAUCAUCAGAAAAAAAUACAAAGAAAAUAUAUAGACAUUUUUUUUAUACUUCGUCGGUGGCAAACAAGCAUACGGUCCGCCUGAUGGAAAGCGGUCACCGUCACCUAUAGACGCCUGCACCUCAAGGUGUGUCACGUUCGCGUUGCCAACCCAGUAGAAACUUCAUUAGAGACAUCAGGUUAUUUUAUUGAAUUUGACUUGUUUAAUGAAACUGCAACAGGUCACUCUUUGACAUGUUUUUCCGUAAAUUUUUAACAACCAGAUAUUUUUCAAAAGUUUAUCAUAUGAUUGAUAUUGUGAGUAAAUCACGCGAGCACACUUCAAUACCACCUUAUGCAAAAAUACUUAAGAUAUUGACAAUACAAGGUAUGCUUUUCCUCCUGAUUUUUUUAGGAUUUUUGUACCGAUUAACGUAAAAAUAAUUACCUAGCUAAAACCAAGACUAAAUGCUGUAUGUUCUUAGCUCAACCUUUUUAUAUUAUUUUUGGAUGCAAUUAUGUAUACUUAUAUUCUGAUUUUAACUUUCUCUCGCCACCAUUUUAAGUACAUGCUUUGAAUUUAAAUAGUAAAACUAGCCUGAUAGGGAAACUUAGCAAUAUUGACAAGCAAUAGAUAAAGUAUAUUAUAAAAAAACAGCUUUAGGGAAGCUAGAUAUUGGUACUGAAGUAGAAACAUCCUAUAUUAUAACGGUUGCAAAACAUAUUUUUUCAAUAGAAACUGGCUAAAAAGCGUGUUCAUAAGAAUGAAGUACACUGUCAAUGUUUAUUGAUCAUAUGGAUUAGGCAACUGUAUUUUUGGUGUACAGGUACUUUUUUUCCUAUAUCCAGGAUGCUAGAAAGCUUUUAACUUGCUUUAGUGUUUAUGCAUUCUAAAAUAACAUAAUAAAUGAUACAUAACUAAAAUAUAUCGCUUGAGCGGAUAUAAAAAGGAAAAUCAAAAUAAAUAUGUUUGUACAUACAUAUACAUGUAAGGAAAAGUUAUAAAAAUAUGUUAAUAAUAUUGACAGUGUACUGCUAAAUAUAAUAUUGGAUUUGAUGUAGAUUUCGGUACAAUUAAAUAGCUGGAACACAAACAUAGUCAGCUGAUAGUUCAACUAGGCAGAAAGGCCAGAAUUAGUCAAUUGCUAGCUAUAGACAUUAUUAGACGAUAAAAACAGUUAUAAGGAAUAAAUAGUUACUUAAAUGUCAGGCUUGUCGAUUGCAAUUGGUCUCGUGGUCUGUAAGGAAUGACAUUGAAAAAGUAUGGCAAUAAUGAUUCUGUAUUUUAUCGGACAAAUUUUCUCCUAAUCACUCACAGUGAGCGUUCUUUGACGUAGUGGAAUAAAAAGGUUGCAUCGUAACAAAUAACUAAGUGAAAAUUUGUUCGGAAAAUGUCAGAAUAACAAAUAAAUUAAAAUGGUGACGAAUUUAAAAGCUCAUUGGUGCCGAAAAUUCUAGACUGUGAUUCAAUUGUUCAUGCUGAACGUGUCUUAUAUUGAAAUAGUUGUUUUUGUAUGAUUGGCGAUUAAUAUAAUGCAUACGGUACGGACAUGUUGUAUAAACUGCAUUUGUUAGAGAACCGGAAGUUGAUACAGUCUAUAUACCUAAGUGUAUUACCAUUUUUAUAAUCUACCAAAUUAUAAAUGUUGUUUCAAAUUGUCAAAACUAAAAAUUGUCAACAAAUUAAGUACCAACUUAAACAGGAAGAAAUUCCUCUUAAUUUGAUAAAGUAAGUACAUAUGUACAUUGGUUAAAUGGAAGAAAUCAUUCAAAGGGUUAAGUUUGCCUUUGUGUUCUUUACUGUAAUUACUGUGUGUUUUGUUAUUCUACAGUAAAGAGUUUACUGCUACUAAUACUACCUUGUGUCACAUUAAUUAUAUUGAUGCAUACACACGUUUUGUUUCGUUUAGUUUUAGGCUGACUUCGGCUUUUAAUUUAAAUGUCAGUGUAAAUAAAGUUAGACUAAGAAACAAUGGUAACACGCUUAGGGAAAAAAACUGAAAAUAAAACGUUUUUGAACGAAAGCUGUCAGUAGUUUCGAUAGAUUUUAAUUUCUUAGUAGCUUUGCAUUGUUUUUAUGCGUGACAGAUACAGGAGACUGUGUAAAUACUUGUUCUGAAAGAACAGAAUAUAUGCCAUGUAGUUGAGUAAAUGACAGAACUCUGUUAAACAUGGACAUUAAAAUAGUACUGAAAUGAUAAAAUAAUUUUCAAUCUUCAGCGUACUAAAAUGAUUUAAUAAACUUGGCUAAAAAGAGGGAUUUGGGCGUGGAUUUUCGAACGGGUCAAUACUAACCAUAAAAAAAAAAAAUGGAAAGUAUAGGUUCCAUUUUGUUUGCAGAGUUCUGUCAUAAAAAAAAUAAACUCUCUUGCCUGUUUGUCACAGUAAAGUUACAUUAUUUUCAUAGCACCAGUGUACGAUAAUGGAGUAAUGAAAGCCUAAACAUUAUGUGCCUUAGAUACAACAAUAUUGUAUGAUAUUUAUGAUGCGUUCUAUACAACGUGCUAAAUAGAAUAAAUGAUAAACAUUAUUUUAAAUGCCUGAGUGAUCGUCAUUGUAAGUGUUCCUUUCAGCAGCUUGUGUAAUCUCUUCUGGGACUGCGUCACCCUUUUACUUAAAGGUUCCAAAAAAGAUCGGUCAACUAUUGGCCCAGGGCUUGGUAUUGUACUUACUAAUCUCCAAGGUGUUUUUCCUUUUUCUAAGGCUGUUACUAUCAGUAAUUAAUGACAGUACCGCUUAAGCAAGAUAUUGUCAUUCAUUAUUGAUGGUCUGCAGUCUCUUUAAUCCCAUAUUUCUUAUUUGAUAAUUACUACCAAAAUUAUAACUAGACACCAGUCUGGAGUUAAUUUCGAAUCCAGUACAUUUGUAACCCUCUUGUAAUGUUAUUCUACUAUUAAGUAACGCUUCGAAGCGUAGUUUUGCUGACAUAUAAAUACUUCUACUAUAUUGUAUAAUUUUAGUAUACCUACAUUAUACCCAUUUAAGUACCUAAUUGUAUAUUUUACUGGAAUAUAUCUUAAUCCAAGCGAAAUUUGAAUUAGCGUCGCUUUUUGUUUAAAAAAGUAGUUAUCGCAUGGCUUAUUAAAAAUAUUUCUAUAUAUUUGGAACCACACCUAUUCUAUAAACAUCGCACAUAAUUUUCUUAUUUAUUUUAAACUGAUCAUUGAAAGUGAAUACAAACAGAUCCGUCUUAUUAUUAGAGUUAUACACAUAAUCAGUAAUAAUGACAGCACUUAAUUCGUAAAAAUACAAACGUGAAAUUAUUGGAAAUACUCAAAUGAUGCCGUCAAUAUUUACUGACAGUGUGUAAUAUUUUUAAGUUUCGUGGAUUUCUGAAAGUAAAUAACACAUACGUAAAUAGUAAUAAUAUUAAGAAUAAUUAACCAAUAGUGACUCGUAGCGACGAUUUAUUUCGUUUUAAUGCAAUUAUGUUUUUUAGCAAAUUUAAUUAAAAACCUAGGUUUAUUCUAAUUGUGUGUAAAUAUGUUAUAAUUGUAUUUAAUUGAUUUAAAAUUUAGUUUUUACUGAGAUUACAGUGUUUGUUACGAUCCAUUUCAACGCUUUCAUAUUCUACAUUUUCUCUCAUUAUUUAUAGUUUUUGUAUACCUAAGAAAAAUCGGUUAAAUAGCAUUUGCUUUCUCGAAAAUAACUAGGAAUCUGGAUAGGUACGUUUCACUAAUGAUAGACUUGUAAAAAUGUUAUAACUUGUAUUUUUAACCUAUACAUAGUAAGAUAUUUAUAGAAUUUUAGUCGUUUAAAUAUUUCGAACGACUUGUUAUAAAAAACAUUGGUGCUUAAAGCUUAAACAAAAUAUGGAGGCACUUCGUGUCAAGUGUGUGUUGUCAUGGGAGGUAAUGAGCAUAUGACGCAUGCGUUGUUACGCUCCACCGUCGCGUUCACUUGUUUCUUAAAAAAAAAAUUUGUACCAAAGUAUACACGUUGGUAGCUGAUUUCUGUUUAGAAAUUUAUUUAAUAUUGUUUUGAAAAAUUUAUAUUAUGUGGCAUAAAAUAAUUUUGCUGAAUUGAAAAAGAAUGCCAAAGCUACUGUAGAAAAAUAUUCCAAAAUCAAACUUCGUACUGGUAAACCAUCUUACUUCUAUGAAAAUUUACCCCACAACAAGGUUAUGGCGUUCUGUCCCGCUUUUCCUACUUGUACUUUAUUAUUACAUUAUGUUUAAUUUCAAAACGACACGAGAAUUUGCGAAUUUAGUUCAACAUCUUUGAAUUAUUAUUACUCCCAGUUUUGACUUAUUUUUGAAAUGUUAUUUAUAAAAAAAGAGCAUAUUUUAUUUUAGCGCCAUCUAUAUGUCUAUGUAAGAAAUGUGUAAGCUCGCUGCAAUGAGAGCGUUGAGUCGCGUCGCGCGGCAUAGUCAAAAUACAAGUAUUGAAUGGAAUUGACUUCUGCAACUUAUCAUUAUUUUACACAUAUUUUCUUUUCAAACGCUAUUUUAUGUAUGAAACUAAACUGUAUGAAAACGAGUGAGCGCGACCCCUGAGCAGUUAUAAUAAUGUAGGUAAACUUUGCUCAAAUAUCGAUGAAACUGAAGUGUUACAGUUGACGCAAUACAAACAAACAAACACA